UCUUGCGCGGAAGUAGAUGACACUCCGCCGGGAGAAUCUCGGCACCAGAUCCCUGCAAUAAUUUUUGUCAAUCCAAGUUCUUCACGAAUGCGCGCCUGAAGCUCUACACACACGCGCAAUCGCCGCCAUGGCCCCUUCCAAGACAAAGACCCCCCCGCACAAGUCGAACAACCAUAAGCGUUAUCUCGCGGACGAUGCCACCGAACACGCAGGAUUUACACUCGAUUUAGAUGGCAGUGACGUUGAGGGAAAGGCGCUGCAGCCAGUGGACGAGUCGAUCGACAGCGAUUUUGAGGAUUUUGGCAGCGACAAUGGCAACCGAACCGGAGAAGGGGAUGAGGAAAAUACGGACAGCGAUGCAGACAGUGUGAAGAUCAACAUCCAGGAAAAGAAGCAGGAAAAGGUCAUUGCGCCGAAAGACUCGGAAGAGCAAGAGCUCGAACGCCUCAUUUUCGGCGACUCAGCUGGGUUCAAAGAAGGGCUAGAUAAUUUCUCUCUCGGUCGCACAGCUGGCAUGUACGGCGGUACUCCAGACGAAGAGCAAGACGAAGACGCAGAUCUCGACAAUGUAGCCGACGACAACCUCUUCUUCUUCGAUACUGGUCCGGAUGCGGCGCCUGCUGGCUCGGUCGCCAUUACAAAAGCCGAUGAAUCAGAGGACGAGGAAGAUAAGCCAGCAUGGGAAGAUAGCGAUGACGAGCGACUGGUGGUCAGCCUUGCCUCUGUGCCUCAGCUGCGAAAGCUUAGAGAGACCGCCGAGGACGACAUGGUGGACGGGAAAGAGUAUGCGCGUAGGCUGAGAAAGCAAUUUGAGCGACUCUACCCAGCACCGGAGUGGGUAGCACAUGCGACGGGUAGUGCAAAGAAGAGGAGACGAACCAUGGACGAAGAUGAGAGCGGUAACGAGUCUGGAAGCGACAUGGAUGUUGACGAAGAGGACCUUUCUACCCAACCCUUGGCGAGGCUGUUGAAGGAUGCAGAUAUACUAUCUCGCAACACGCCUAGGGGACCUGCAAAGAGGAGAAAGCUGCAGGCCGGUACAAUCGAUAUCCAGCGGCUGAAGGACGUCUCCAAGGCCGGGCCGUCUGCAAUUACUUCUCUCUCAUUCCAUCCCGCAUACCCUCUGCUUCUCUCGUCUGGGCCCAGCUCCACACUCUCGCUUCAUCAUGUCAACCCGAACCCACCGAAUCCCAACCCGCUUCUCACGUCGCUACAUGUCAAGCGCACGCCGCUUACCACAACCGCGUUUCACCCCUCGGCCUCAGAUUCACGCAUCUUCUUGAGUGCUCGCCGACGCUACUUCCAUGUCUGGAAUAUCGCGACUGGGCAGGUCGAGAAGGUCACACGAGUGUACGGCCACCAGCACGAACAGCGCACGAUGGAAAACUUCUCGCUUUCACCCAACGGGAAAUUUAUGGCGCUUCGUGGUUCUUCCAGAAAAGGUGGAGGUGUCAUAAACAUCCUCGACACAAGAACGCUGCAAUGGGCCACACAAGUGCGCAUCGAGUCGCGAGGUGGCGUUGCUGACUUCGCGUGGUGGAGUACGGGUAACGGCAUGAGCAUUGCGGGCAAGAACGGUGAAGUCACAGAGUGGAGUGUGCAGGAGGGUGUCGUUGGACGGUGGAACGAUGAAGGCGCCGUCGGCACAACGGUCAUUGCUCUGGGUGGAAAGAGUGGACGAGAAGACUGGUUAGGCGGCGACCGAUGGGUUGCUGUUGGAAGUUCGAGCGGCGUCGUAAAUAUCUACGAUCGAAGGGCGUGGAGCGAGAACGUGGAAGACGCCAAGCUAAGUUCAAACGGUGGCCUACCAAAGGCACCCAAACCGAUACGCGCUCUGGGCAACCUGACCACACCCACAUCGCACCUUACAUUCUCACCAGAUGGUCAGAUUCUGGCGAUGGCGAGUCGAUGGAAGAACAAUGCGAUGAGGCUGGUACAUCUGCCCUCUGCGACUGUGUUCAAGAAUUGGCCCACUGAGAAGACACCACUGGGUAGGAUAACCGCAGUGGCUUGGGGUAGACCCACAGAAGAAGAAGAGCGCGAAGGUAGCCUUGCACAAGUUGCUGUCGCCAACGAGUCGGGUCACAUCAGGUUGUGGGAAGUAAGAGCGUAGUGUUGGCGCAUGAUAAUAUCACAAUCCGCGACGUUGAUGCAAAAAUUUAAAUCCAGCGUUCAACAACGCCAUCGUAUCGAAUCUGCGACUUACCUCCCUAAUCUGUUUUGAAGAAAACACCUCAGUCGCUUUGUCGUACAGGCUUGAAGAGUAGGCGCGGUCUGCGUGUACCUGCAAGUUUCAACUGCAACAGCCAGAAGCAGUCAAAACCAACCUUACGGCGCUUC